GCCGAAGUUCUAUCUUCUCCUAAACACCGUCGCCACAUCUACCUUCCCGCCUCCCCCUCAGCACCCUCUCCCUCUCCCUCUCCAAAUACUCUCGGGAACUUAAUGGCUACCACUACUCCCCCACCUCCAGCGUCCAAUGAUCCCUUGAGUGGGCUAGACAUACCUUCUACCGUUUCCGUCACCAAUCCGUCAGAGGAUGAAGUCGCUACCGAAAAGGAGGUCGACCAAUUAAUUCGGAAAAUGAAGGCUCCGGUCUUGGGAAUUGACUUCACUCGCACCAGGCGUCCGAGGCGUUCCUCCACUCAUUUGCUUACUGUCGGCCCGCAGAACACCUGUGACGUGAUUAGUGAUUCAUCUGCAACUAAUCUCGUCAAUAGCGGAUGCUGCGGUGGGGGUUGCUCGCGUCUUCCGGAUUCGGUGGAGAGUUCUGUCUCACCCGGCACUGGCAGUCAUGCCGCGUCGGAGUUUGUCAGGGCACCGGGCAAUGCUGCGUUCAAAAGUCUCAAUUUGAAACUGUCUCCUUUGACUUCCAGAGACAAACUUACUGGAAUCACAGUCCUUCCUGCCCAGACCAUUUCCAUAGAACCGGUUGAUGAGGAAGAGGAAUAUGAAUCCACUGUCUACGUUCAUCCACCAAAAUACGUCACACCUCAUCCACCUUGGGCCGUUUACUCGGCCAGGAUUGACUCCGCACGUGAACUGACCAAACCUGGGGCAUUAAAGAGGACCUACCACUUUGACCUUGAUGUUACCAACUACCCGGAGGAGAUUACUGGUGUUGAUUUCCGUGUUGGCGGUGCCAUCGGUGUCGUCGCUCCGAACGAUUUCAAGCUUGUUACCGAGAUUUUGAACAUUCUUGGAAUCGACGAGGAUGAACGCGACGCCCCAAUCCAGUUGCACACUCAAGGCGGUAGAUGGCCCACUAUUUGGGGGAAACCAAAGGAACGCGCAUUGACCACUACUCUGAGAGAACUCAUGACUUGGACUGUGGACGUUCAAUCUUAUCCUCCCACUAAAAAUUUGAUUCGUCUUUUGGCAGAAUACGCUAGGGAUGAAGUAGAAAAAACAAUUUUGCUGUACCUAUGCUCCAGGCAGGGCCAAGCGGCCUUCUGCGAGUAAGUAUUUACUUUUUUUUUUUGAUCCUCGUGAAUCUGUUAUCUGAUCCUAUGAUAAACUAAUCACUAAUUAUUAUGAAGGUUGCGCACGGGUCCUUACAUAUCUCUAAUCCAACUUCUCAACGCCUUUCCCUCAUCCAAGCCGCCGUUGGAUCACUUGUUGUGCAACCUUCAGCCUUUAAUGCCGAGAUUUUACUCUUUGUCCAGCGAUCCCCACGAACCCAAGAGCAAAGACCGCCGCAUUAUCGAGAUUGCCGUUACCGUACAUGAACAUGAGGAGGGAUGGCGUGAGGGUAACCGUACUGGCGUUGGCUCCGGCUUCUUCGAGAGAUGCGCUACAAGGAUAAUCAACGGAGGUGCCGGCGAUGUUCGCAUCCCGAUGUUUAGAGGUCUCAUGGCCAAUCCCCUCGCAAAACAAUUCCAGGCGGAUGGUCCGAUGUUGCUUGUUGGCGCUGGUGUCGGCAUCGCUCCGUUCAGAGGAUUCGUUCAGAGGAGACUUCAGAGCGCGAAUUGCGCUAAUAAAGUCUGGUGCGUCUAUUACUAAUUCAGCUUAAACCGUCAUCAGCUGCUAACAAUUCAACCCAGGGUCAUUCAAGGUAUUCGCGACUCUCUUUUGGACGAAUUGUACUCUGGUGAGUGGGGAGAGCAUGAAUCCAAGAUCCGCAAUGUUGUCCAAUCGCGUGUCGGUACGGGCCGCUAUGUGCAAGAAGAGGUUGUUGCGCAGGCCGAUCUCGUCUGGUCCAUUAUCAGCUCCCUCAAUGGUCGCGUCUUUGUCUGUGGAUCUUCCAAGGGCAUGGGCGAAGGCGUUCAUGAGUCUCUCGUCAAAGUGGUCAUGAAGAAGAGCAUGCUCGGCCGUAAACAAGCCGAAGAAUUUUGGGAGCAAAAGAAGGAGGAUGGACAGUACAUCGCUG